AGAAAGCAAAUUGUACAUUUAUUGAUAAAUACAGACAAAAACCUUUGCUAAACAUUUUCUUUCUUCGUAGCCGUCCAAGCAGAGCUCUUUAUCUGCGUGUGCGGAAGUGCCAUUAAUCAUCCACUGAGGUCACACACGACUUUGCAGCGCUCGUCGAAAGGCAGUGGACCUUCGUUUCGUGCAAGAAAUAGCAAACACCAGCCCCAAAGUGUACAGUUCAACGAGAAAAAAAAGUUUGGGGUGCGGCACGUAGUGCAAAAUUAGGGGUGAUCGCAAUUAAAACACCACAAGCAAACGAUAAAGUGAAGAUGGAAGACUUGAAGGAACAGUUUCCUGCUUACAACUCGGUGCUGCGACAGUCGAACGGACAGCAAAGGCCGUACCACAGCACCGGCCUUCCGGACUGUCCACCCAACGGGGCAGGUAUACCGGGCAUGGUAAUGAUUGGGCGCAAGAGUGGUCCAGCCGUCCCGCCGAAACCGCGCAAAAAUGGCCAGCAACAAGUUCCACCGCAGGUCCCGAAAAGCUCCAACGUGAAGCAGUACUGUGAACCAUCAUUCUCUACCGUGCUCGAAGGCCAAGCCACCAACCUUGACGAGCAUGCAUAUACAAAUGUUACGAACGCAGCUAAUGGUGCGGCGACCACUGCCCGGAGUGGUAAACUUGGGGCGCGUAAGGUUACCCUUGAUGAUGCCCUCGAGCUACAGCACGUCAAAGAAGCGCUGGAACAUCACAAACGUACGCUGGAAGCAAACCGCUCAAAGUCACUCCAGGGCCAAGGGCCGGAGCAUGGUAACACGGUGUACGAAAAUACACAACCAGCAUCGUACGCAGGUAGUUACGCAUCGGACGCAACGUACUCGAAUCUUCCUGGAGCGCCACAUCCCGGCCAUCAGGGAGGGAAGAACAACGAAGGACUGAUCUAUAGCAACAUAAUGCACAACACAAACCCAUCGAAAUCGUUUCCUCAACGACAAAUUUCGGAGGAAUUGCCACCACCGCCACCACAGGACAUGCCGCUGCAGCUGACCCUGACUGCACUCAACUUGGAGGAUAAUGAUGAUGAAUUCCCGCCACCUCCUAGUCCGGUCAGUUCAUCGUACAGCGAGCUAAGGCGAGCUACCGAUUUGCCACACAUGGGCCGUCAAUCGCAACCGACGUACACGCUGGUGGGUCCCGGUGCAGGGGGUGUUGGUGCACCGGGAGGCCAAACGUACAGUAACAUGGCCCCGGGCAGUCAGAUUUAUGCCAACAACAUGCACCAUCAGUCACUGUACGGUACGUACGGCAUGAGUUCGCAGGGUUCGACUACGUACGAAUCGAUCUACGAACCGAUCAAUCCACGCCCGCCGAGUCAGAUGUCGGGCCGAUCGAACUACUCGCUGUACGCACCGUACGUCAACUCGCACGGUAUAAACAGCCCGAACGAUAGCAUCAUAACGAGCGCCUCUCAACAGCAGCACCGUGGCCAUGGCGGUAACACGAUGUCCAAGGGUGCCGAAGUAGACACGCUCACCGAUCUGCUGGUGCAAUCGAUCCAAGACCAGGAAUCGUUCGGCACGUGCGUAAAGUGCGGUGAGCGUGUCCUCGGUGAGAAGACGGGCUGUACCGCGAUGGACAAGAUCUAUCACAUCGCGUGCUUCACGUGCCACCAGUGUCAGAUCAAUUUGCAGGGCAAACCGUUCUACGGCCUAGAUGGGAAACCGUACUGCAAGGAGGACUAUCUGAACACCCUGGAAAAGUGUUCCGUCUGUUUGAAGCCGAUUCUGGAGCGUAUAUUGCGCGCCACGGGCAAACCGUACCAUCCGCAGUGCUUCACGUGCAUCGUCUGCGGCAAAUCGCUCGACGGCAUCCCGUUCACGGUGGAUGCCACGAACCAGAUACACUGUAUCGAUGAUUUCCACAAAAAGUUUGCGCCCCGUUGCUGCGUCUGCAAGUUACCGAUCAUGCCCGGUCCGGGCGAGGACGAAACGGUCCGUGUGGUGGCGCUCGAUCGCAGCUUCCACAUCAACUGCUACAAGUGCGAGGACUGUGGGUUGGUGCUGUCGUCCGAGGCGGAAGGUCGCGGUUGCUAUCCACUGGACGAUCACAUACUCUGCAAGAGCUGUAACGCCAAACGGGUGCAAACCCUCACCAGCCAUAUGACGACCGAGCUGUAGAACAGAUUUCAAACAAAAAAAAACAAACAAACACUUGUUUGCUAAGUGCGGCUUCGCGCAAAAACCGAAGAACUCGUCGCAUCGCAAAAAAAAGAAACAAACUUUUUGUACUUAAGCAGGGCUAAGUAGAGAUAGUUAAAUCGCGGAGAAAACUAGGCCGGUGCGUUAACAGAUGCAACGAAAAAUUGAAAAACAAAUGCGAGAAGAACGUUUUAGUCAAAUAUUUGGUUUUACACACCAAACGAAUUAGCACAAAGCGCAUCAUCAUCGACAGGUUCAUACACUUUUCACAUUCCACACUUGCACGAAUGCAUUCCACUGUUUGUCGUAUCUCUCGUAUUUAUAGCUUUUAUUAUAUAGUUGCGAUAUAUAGAAAGGCCACCGUUUUCGCUGUCCAUUAGGAAGUAGUUGCACUAGACGUUGCUGUUAUUUUCUUGUAACCAAGUUUAACCACUCUCACUCAUUACCAGAAAUAGCAAAACUAGCUAGGGAGGGUUCUGGGAUAAAAUAUCAACAUCAAUAUAAAGAAAAAUCUAUUCGUGAUCCGUAAUUGUGGACAGACCGGUUCAAUGUUGACAGGAUUAACCGUACGUAGUUCUAAUGUUUCUACUACUCUUAUUCGAACUAACCAUUCCCGCAGGUAGCAUUGUUGUCCAGAUAUGCAUUUAUUCGUCAUUAGCAAAAUAGCGUUUGGGUGUUGCAACUACAACAGCUGGGCAAAUAAGCUGCCGUAUCACUGCCCGGUUUUCAUGUGUGACCGAUAUUUCGACCGUCUCUACAACAAAAAAAAGUAAUAGGGCAACAAUGAUGUUGAUAUUGCAUUUAUGUCGCUUUAAUAAAUAUUGUGGCAAA